AAAAUCAUAAUCAUGAAUUAAAAAAAAAUAUUCAAAUAAAUAAUUGGAAAAAAAAAGAACAAAUUCGCUUUUCUUUGGCCUUUUUUUGUUCUUUAAAAGUUUCGCGGUUAUAUCCCGAAAUUCUCCUAAUUCUUCGUUUCUCUCCUUCCAUCUUCAAUCUUCAAAAAUCCAAUCGAAGCCCAAAAACUAAAGAAAAAGAAAAACAAUUUAUCGUCGGAGAAGAAGCUCGUGUUUACUUGAUCGCUUCUUCUUCGUUUCUUAUUUUUUCCCCAAUGUUCUCCAAAUCUGUGUCGUUUUCGAUUGCUACUGGUUUCAGGUAAUUGAGGAAGCUCCUCAUGGCUCCAUCUAGGAAACCUAAAAGUGUAAAUAAGAAGUUUUCUUAUGUUAACGAGCUUGCUUCUGCUAAAAAUGGAGAUAGUAGUGCUAAGAAAAGUGGGCAACGGAAAAGGAAGUUGUCUGACAUGUUAGGGCCGCAAUGGACUAAGGAAGAGCUUGAGCAUUUCUAUGAGGCAUAUCGUAAGUAUGGAAAAGAUUGGAAGAAGGUGGCUACCAUGAUACGUGAUCGAUCUGUGGAAAUGGUAGAAGCUCUUUACACUAUGAAUAGGAAAAUUUUACCAUGUUUUCAGGCCUACUUAUCUCUUCCUGAUGGCACUGCUUCUGUGGUUGGACUCAUAGCAAUGAUGACCGAUCACUAUUGUGUUAUGGUAUCUUUAUGGUAUGGUAUUGUGGAUUCUACCAAUGGAGCUUGGACGCAUCUAGGAAGAGGAGGAAGUGAUAGUGAACAAGAAAGCAAUGAGGGCAUGGGAGCUUCUAAGAGACGUCCAAAGCGUAGCAGGGGAAAACUUCGAGAUCAACCCUCUAAGAGUUUAUAUAAGCCACUUCCUGAUCUUUUGCAUUUUCAUUCAGCUGCAUCAAGUUAUGGCUGCUUGUCGUUGUUGAAGAGGAGGCGCUCUGAAAGUAGGCCCCGUGCUGUUGGAAAAAGGACUCCUCGCGUUCCAAUUUCUUUUUCUCAUGACAAAAGCAAAGGGGAAAGGUAUUUUUCACCUAUUAGGCCCGGCAUGAAACUAAAGGUGGAUGCUGUUGAUGACAAUGUUGCUCAUGUGAUAGCAUUAGCAUUGACAGAGGCAUCACAAAGAGGUGGCUCUCCCCAAGUUUCUCAAACACCAAAUAGAAAAGCAGAGACACCUUCACCUGUCUUCAACAAUGAAAGGAUGAACGCUGAAUCAGAAACUAUUAGUGCCAAGAUUCUCGGUAGUGAAGUGGAUGAAGAUGCUUGUGAAUUAAGCUUAGGAAGCACUGAAGCUGAUAAUGCAGAUUAUUCUAGAGCCAAGAACUAUUCAAGGAAUAUAGAGGGCACUGGUACAGUUGAGGUUCAACAGAAGGGGAAAAGAUACUACAGAAGGAAGCCAGAGGUUGAGGAAAGUGUAAACAAUCAUCUGGAAGACACAAAAGAAGCCUGUAGUGGGACAGAAGAAGGACAAAGAUUAUGUGAUUUGAAGGGAAAGUUUGAAGCUGAGGUUGCAGAUGCCAACACUUCUAGAGCCUCCACCAAGUGUCUAAGGAAAAGAAGUAAAAAAGUAUUGUUUGGGGGAGUGGAAGAAACUUCCUUUGAUGCCCUGCAAACUCUGGCAGAUCUGUCCUUGAUGAUGCCAGAAACUGCUGCUGACACUGAGUCAUCUGUGCUGUUUAAGGAAGAGAAAAAUGAAGUUGUUGAGAAGACUAAACCAAAAGGAAAUCAUCCUGUUCCUGGAGCUAAAGGCACUGCCUCCAAACAAUCUAAACAGGGAAAACUUUUUCAUCAUGAUGUUCAUGCUAUUCCCAAAGCAAAGGAGGAAUCACAUCCAAAUAAUGUUGGAAUGCUGAAAAGGAGACGGAAGUCCUCACCAUAUAAAUUGCAGAUUCCAAAAGAUGAAACUGAUGCUGAUUCUCAGUUGGGUGAAUCUCCAAACGUUGAGGCUUCAGACGAGGUAAAGAAUCUUGUGAGCAAAGGUAAACGCUCUAAUAAUGUUGCACAUACAAAGCAAGGGAAAUCUGUGAGACCUUCAGAGUGUAUGUCCUCAAGUAAUAUUGCACAUCCAAAACAAGGGAAAUCUGUGAGAACUCCAGAGCGUACAUCCGCAAGUAAUGUUGGACAUCCAAAGCAAGGGAAAUCUGUGAGACCUCCAGAGCGUACAUCCUCAAGUACUGAUCAUGGAAGGGACUUGAACACUUCAGCUCCAUCUACCAUACAGGUUUCAUCUAUUCACCAGGUCAACCUACUCAAAAGUAGAGUAAAGCGAAAGAUGGAUGCACAGAGACCCGCAAUUGGAAAGGAUAUAAAGCCCUCUGAUAUUGUAAAGGGCAAAUUUAGUGUUCCAGCUAUGUUAUUCCAUGACAGAGCACUCAAUCUGAAGGCAAAGCUUUGCAGCUUCCUAUCUUCAUAUCAAGCACGGAGAUGGUGUGCUUUUGAGUGGUUCUACAGUACAAUCGAUUAUCCAUGGUUUGCUAAAAGGGAGUUUGUGGAGUAUUUGGAUCAUGUAGGAUUAGGUCAUGUCCCAAGAUUAACUCGUGUUGAAUGGGGUGUCAUAAGAAGUUCCCUUGGCAAACCACGACGAUUUUCUGAGCAAUUUUUGAAGGAAGAAAGAGAGAAGCUCAAUCAAUAUCAGGAAUCUGUUAGAACGCAUUAUGCUGAUCUCCGUGCUGGUAUUGGUGAAGGACUUCCAACUGAUUUAGCUCGACCUCUAUCUGUUGGACAACGUGUCAUUGCUGUUCAUCCAAAAACUAGAGAGAUUCAUGAUGGAAGUGUGUUAAUUGUUGACCAUAGUAGAUAUCGGAUUCAGUUUGACAGCCCUGAGCUAGGAGUGGAAUUCAUCAUGGAUAUUGAUUGUAUGCCUUCAUAUCCAUUGGAAAAUUUGCCUGCUUCCCUUUUGAGACAAAAUGCUGCCAUCUGUAAAUUUGCCGAGAACUACAGUGAGCUCAAAAUGAAUGGGCAGCCAAAAGAAAGCAAGAUUGAAGAGAACAUGAAAUUUAGUCAAUGUGAUAACCCGGAGAACACUGAUAGUUCCUCUCGUACUUCCCCAUCAACUUUCAAUGUUGGCAAUUUAUCACAGCCGGUUAAGGUUGAUUCAUCAAGUCCUAAUUUGCAACAUAAAGUUGGACCUAUGGAAACUGUUUGUACUCAACAAGCUGUGAAUUCUCAGCCUUCUGCUCAUGCACUGGUUCAGGCAAGGGAAGCUGAUGUUGAAGCUCUUUCUCAGUUGACUCGUGCCAUUGACAAAAAGGAGGCGGUGGUGUCUGAACUGCGACGCAUGAAUGAUGAGGUGUUGGAAAACCAGAAAGGUGCAGACAACUGUCUAAAGGAUUCAGAUUCUUUCAAGAAGCAAUAUGCUGCUGUUCUCUUGCAGUUAAAUGAAGUCAAUGAGCAGGUUUCUUUUGCUCUGUUUUGCUUGAGGCAGCGUAAUUCAUAUCAAGCAAACUCUUCAGUUAAGUUGCUGAAGCCGUUGGCUAAAAUUGGUGGGCACGGCUGUCAGUUGAGCUCUUUUGAUCAUUCUAUGCAUCAUGUCCAAGAAUGUGUGUCCAAUGUGGCUGAAAUUGUUGAAAGUUCAAGAAUGAAAGCUCGGUCAAUGGUUAAUGCUGCUAUGCAGGCCAUGUCAUCCUUAAGAAAAGGGGGGAAAAGCAUUGAGAGGAUUGAGGACGCAAUAGAUUUUGUAAAUAACCAGCUUUCAUUGGAUGAUUUUAGUCUGCCUGCUCUGAGGUCGUCUACCCCAUUAGACUCAGUCCACAGUACAGUAACUUCUCACGAUCUUCCGACUGCCUGUGUGUCAUAUCCGUCAGCAACUAGUCACAUACCCGAUGUAAAGAUGCAAAAUUUUUCUGACCAAGAUGAUCUUAGAAUCCCUUCAGACAUUAUCGUGCAUUGCGUAGCCACCUUGCUCAUGACACAGAAAUGUACAGAAAGACAGUUUCCACCUGGAGAUGUUGCCCAGGUACUAGAUUCUGCUGUUUCAAGUUUGAAGCCAUAUUGUUCACAGAAUCUUCAGAUUUACUCAGAGGUACAGAAAUGUAUGGGAAUUAUCAGGAAUCAGAUAUUGGCGCUAGUACCCACAUAGACAGGUAUUCAUUCCUCAAUUGUUGUAAAAAUUUGCAAUCCUUUUCUCUCAAACUCCUAUCCAUUUUACUUACGAAUUUUUUUUUUUAAACCUUUAAUAGGAAGAAAUACAUGUAUCAAUUAUUAUCAAAGUAACCGAGUAAAUUCAGUUUGUACACUUCCUGUCAGCAUUGUGAAACCAAUUAAUUUCUAUUUUUUGUUCGUCAGUAUCACUUAAGCUGUGUUUGGUACAACUGAAAAGGAUGAAAAAGGGUGGAUAAAAAAAUGGAAGGACGAUUGAUUUUUGGUGUGCUUAAUAGGAAAGAAAAUAAGAAAGAUUAUCAUUUUUUACAUUGAUUAAUGAAAAC